AUGAUGUACGGAGAAUCUCCUAUAAGGCACCCGAGGAUCAGCCACGUGUCAAACUCCGGCAGCGAUUUCGGAAGCAGAGACGAUUUCACCAGUUACAUCGUCCAGGUACCUUUAACGCCGGGCAACAAUCCGGCGUUUGUUUCAAUCCAACUCCGGGACGUCGAUUCAAAUCCGGCGACGGUUCCGAACACUCCGGUGGAAACCGAUACUGCUUCAUCUUGCAAAGACGACGAACCGGAUCAAACCGAUCUGAGAAUCAGUGAAGGAAAAAAAGAUGAAGACGAUACCUUGCUUUACAAGUUAUCUCCUCCUUUAACUCGUAUCGUCAAAAUCUCUCCGAUCAUCAUCGCUCUUUAUCGGAUUCUUAUAGUUGUUCGAGUAGUAUCUCUUGUUCUGUUUCUCAUCUGGAGAAUCAAAAACCCAAACAACAAAGCAAUAUGGUUAUGGUUACUCUCUGUAAUCUGCGAAAUCUGGUUUGCUUUCUCUUGGUUACUCGACCAAAUCCCUAAGUUGUACCCUGUGAACCACGCAACAGAUAUCGAAGCCUUAAAGGCGACGUUCGAAUCGUUAAACCCGGAUGAUGAUGAGCUAACCGAGAAAUCUGAUCUUCCCGGGAUUGAUGUGUUUGUUUCAACGGCUGAUGCAGAGAAAGAGCCUCCAUUAGUUACAGCCAACACAAUUCUCUCCAUUUUAUCAGUUGAUUAUCCUGUUCAGAAGCUAUCUUGUUAUGUCUCAGAUGAUGGAGGAUCGCUUCUUACGUUUGAAGCAAUGGCUGAAGCGGCUAGCUUUGCGAAAACAUGGGUACCGUUUUGUCGAAAACAUAUGAUCGAGCCGAGGAAUCCGGAGAGUUACUUUGGUUUGAAAAGGGAUCCUUAUAAGGGAAAGGUGAGACAUGAUUUUGUUAGAGAGCGACGGUAUGUGAAACGAGGUUACGAGGAGUUUAAGGUUCGGGUUAACGCGCUGUCUCAUUCGAUUAGAAGGCGAUCAGAUGCUUAUAAUAGCAAAGAAGAGAUUAAAGCUUUAGAGAAAUGGAAGCAUUGGAAGGUGAAAGUUGAAGAGGAUCAAUAUAAGGAGCCUAGGCCUGCUUUAGUAGCUCCUAAAGCUACUUGGAUGAGCGAUGGGACUCAUUGGCCAGGUACUUGGGCUGUCCCUUGUCUGCACCAUUCGAAAGGCGAUCACGCUAGUAUUAUUCAGGUGUUGCUUGAUCCUCCUGGAGAUACACCGGUUUUACGGACAGGCGGUGAGGGGAGCGCACUUGAUUUUGAAGGAAUAGACAUUCGUUUACCGAUGCUUGUUUACGUGAGCCGCGAGAAGCGGCCUGGCUAUGACCAUAACAAGAAGGCAGGAGCUAUGAAUGCUUUGGUACGAGCCUCAGCUAUAAUGUCUAAUGGACCAUUCAUCUUGAACUUGGACUGUGACCAUUAUGUCAACAACUCUAGAGCAUUUAGAGAUGGGAUCUGUUUCAUGAUGGACCGUGAUGGUGACCGCGUUUGCUAUGUUCAGUUUCCCCAAAGGUUUGAAGGAAUUGAUCCGUCUGACCGCUAUGCUAACAAGAAUACUGUUUUCUUUGACAUUAAUCUGCGGGCUCUCGAUGGGAUCCAAGGUCCAAUGUAUGUCGGGACAGGAUGCCUAUUUCGUCGAACCGCGCUUUACGGUUUCAACCCUCCUGAUGUUUUUGUGGCGUAUCAAGAACCAUCUGGUUGUUUCAACUGCUGUUUCCCGCGGAUCAAGAAACGCAGGCCCGCAACUGUAGCGUAUGAGCCAGAGUAUUGUAGUGACAACGAGGACCAAGACCGGGUUGAUAUCAGUUUGAUUCCAAAGCAAUUCGGUAGCUCGAGUAUGCUAGUGAGUUCUGUAAAGGUCGCUGAGUUUCAAGGUAAGCCACUAGCUACAAUUCACCCGAGCAGACGCGGACGUCCUCCCGGGUCGUUGACUGAAAGCCGUGAACCGCUUGAUUUUGCGAUGGUAAACGAGGCGGUUAACGUGAUCUCCUGCUGGUAUGAGGACAAAACAGAAUGGGGAAUCAAUGUUGGUUGGAUUUACGGAUCAGUAACCGAAGAUGUAGUGACCGGUUUUAGAAUGCAUGAAAAAGGAUGGAGAUCAUUCUAUUGUGUAACAGAGCCAGAUGCAUUCCGAGGAACAGCACCUAUAAACCUAACUGACAGGCUCCAUCAAGUUCUCCGUUGGGCAACUGGAUCAGUAGAGAUCUUCUUCUCCCGAAACAACGCCAUUUUCGCUGGUCGGAAACUCAAAUUCCUCCAAAGAAUCGCUUACCUCAAUGUUGGGAUAUAUCCAUUCACAAGCAUUUUCAUCUUAACCUAUUGCUUCCUCCCGCCUUUAUCUCUCUUCUCGGGUCACUUCGUUGUUGAAACACUCACCGGAUCAUUCCUUGUAUACCUUUUGAUAAUCACAUUGUGUCUAUGUGGCUUAGCCGUUCUUGAAGUCAAAUGGUCAGGUAUCUCUUUAGAAGAAUGGUGGAGAAACGAACAGUUCUGGUUAAUAGGCGGUACAAGCGCACAUUUAGUCGCGGUGCUUCAAGGCAUACUCAAAGUAAUAGCCGGAAUCGAAAUCUCAUUCACCUUGACUUCAAAAUCCUCAACAGGAGCAGAUGACGAAGACGACGAUUUCGCCGAUCUUUAUCUCUUUAAAUGGACUGCUCUAAUGAUUCCUCCGUUAACGAUCAUAAUCUUGAACAUCGUAGGGAUACUUUUCGCGGUUUGUAGGACGGUGUUCAGUGAGAAUCCACAGUGGAGUAAUCUUCUUGGUGGGACUUUCUUUGCCGCUUGGGUUUUGCUUCAUAUGUAUCCGUUUGCUAAAGGUUUGAUGGGAAGAGGAGGAAGAACUCCGACAAUUGUGUAUGUUUGGUCGGGACUUAUUGCUAUUUGCUUCUCACUUCUUUACAUUACUAUUAAGAAUUCAGAUAUUGAUGGAGGUUGGUUUAUGUUGGCUUAGAAGCAUCCUAUAGAUAGGAGAUAUGUAAAUAUUAUAGUGCUGGUGAGAACCGAAACAGAGUGAAUGGUAUAAGAA